AACAAAACGAACACCGAAACUUUUACUACAUAGUGCCUUUUUCAAAUUCACCGUCACCAAAGUCGACGUAAUCCCGCCAAAUAAUAUUUCUCAAACUAGUUUCUUGAAAAAUGAAUGUUCUCAUUCAAUUGAAAUAGUUAACGAUUGUUUCUCUAUAAGAACUAUUCGUUGAAUUCUGAUAUCCGAAAAUGUAAUUCCAUCUUCUGGUGAUAAAUGUUGGUGUUGUGGCUUGUGCACCACAAACUUGCCCAUCAAAGGUUAGGUAGAGCCAUUAAAUCGAUGCUACGGUUCUGUGAACAAGGCCCACCAUGUAGGGGUCGAAGAUGCCGGGGUAAGCACCAUAUUCUAAGCUUCAACAAACACAAGGCUGCUCAUUAUUCGCAGGUCACAACUAAACUCAAGACAACUUCCGAGAAUGGGAUCUUCAGAUAUCGCGCCCUCACACGCGCCGCAAUGGCUGGUGCCGGUAUCAACCGUGUGCCUCGGCUCCGGCGUCUUCUUCUGGGGCGUCGCGUACGUGUUGAUGACACGUCGUAGCAUCCAGACGCGCUCGUACGGGAUGCCCCUUUUGGGGCUGGCCAUCAACGUCAGCUGGGAAAUCGUAUACGGGUUCUACGUGGCCGAGAUGCUGUUCGAGAAGCUCGGCUUCACCCUCUGGCUCCUGCUGGACCUGGGCCUGAUCUACACCACCGUGCGGUACGCGCCCGAGGAGUGGGCGUCCACCAACAAGCUCAUCGGCCGCCAUAUGGCUUCGAUCCUGGCUCUCAUGCUGGCGAUAGGGUGCUGGGGUCACUAUGCCUUCGCUUCGUGGUGGUUGUCGCGUCCGGGGAUCGGCGUUGGCGAUAAAUCCGGCAAAUGGUACUAUGGCCAGGAUGGGUAUGAUACGACCGAGUUGGCCUACUGGUCUGCUGGGGUUGCGCAGCUUGUUCUUAGCAGCUCUAGCGUGGCAAUGCUCAUCAUCCGUGGCCAUUCUGGAGGUACUGGAUAUAUAAUUUGGUGCGUCCUCAAUUUACCUAUGGUCCCUAUUUUUCACGUAUCGUGCUGCUACACUCCAAUUAUUAUAAGCUGUGUUUAACUUCUCUAUGAACGUUGAAUUGACUCAAUGGAACUCUUUGGAGCUAAUGUUGGAUAGGCUAUGCAGGAUUACUGGAUCGCUCUUCGGUUUGGCCUUCUGUAACGGUUUACUGUGGUGGUACUGGCCGGAAGCGCACUCUUACUUCGUUCACCCGAUGAGCAUCUUCAUCGGCGGUUUGUCUCUGGUAUGCGACCUUGUAUAUCCUUUUCUCAUAUGUUAGAGUUAACCAAGGAAAAGGGGCAGUAGCAGCCCCGCGGCGCUGGUGUUUCUGCUGACUGAUCGUGGAUAAAUGGCAUUUCGGUUACUAA